AUGAAAAAGAGAAAAUCCAUUUCGCCAACACGAACCGGGCGCUUUCAAGUGUACGCAUCUGUGUGUGCGUGUGUGUGUGUAUGUAUCUGUGUGAGGGCAGUGUUGAACGAACGAAAAGCGGCAGCGAGCAUAGGCCGCAGCAGCAGCAGUAGCAGUAGCAGCUGCAAACAGGCAGCAGCACGGUGGAGCUAUGACAAAACGCUGUCUGAGAUAAAGGAUUUUUGCUUAGGGAUGGUCCAUAAGCCCCGUGGCCGUCGCUCUGUGGAAUUGGGCUUGUGUCUACAGGCUUAUAAAAUUCAAUCAACACAAGAUGUGAAGCCUGCUCAUCAUCAACAACGGCUGAUUGGCAUGCCUAAAUAUUAGCUGGAGUUUUAUGAAGAAAUCGUCUUGACGGUAGAAACCCAUUUCCACCUUGAUGGAUGAGUCAAUAAGCAAAACUGUCGCAUCCGUUGGUCGGAAACCCCAAGAUAAUUAUGUACAUACGAGUAUAUU